AUGGGUCAGAAGACAGUUCUCAUUACAGGUUGCAGUGAAGGUGGGAUAGGUGACGCUCUUGCAAAGACCUUCCACAAGAAGGGGUUUCGGGUUUUUGCCAGCGCUCGGAACACCGCCAAAGUCCAACAUCUCAAGGACAUGGGUCUCGAUAUUGUACAACUAGAUGUUACUGACGAAGAGUCAAUCAAGCAAGCAGUGUCAACCGUGAAGGCUGCGACGGGGGGGAUAUUUGGACUUCCUGGUCAACAACUCAGGCGCAGCAUGCCCUUAUUGGAUUCGGAUGUCUCAAUCGCCAAGAACAUGUUUGAUGUUAACGUCUUUGCUGUCGUUACCAUAACUCAAGCGUUCGCGCCACUUUUGAUUGCUUCCAAAGGAACGAUUGUCAACAUUGGGUCAGUGCUUGGCAAAAUGCCAUUUCCAUGGCAAGGUUAUUACAAUGCAAGCAAAGCUGCAGUUGCCAUCAUGACCGAUCAGAUGCGUAUCGAGUUCUCUCCUUGGGGAGUCCGCGCAAUCCUCAUCACUACUGGUGCAAUUAGGACCAAGUUCUUCGACAAUCUUCCAAGUGCACCACGUCUACCCAAGAACUCUUUCUAUUACCCUGCAAAGGAUGUGAUUGAGUCAGCAUUGGAUGGAACUGAGGUGGCUAAAAAUGCUAUGGAUGUCAAUUCAUAUGCCGAGGUCGUGGUCAACAACGCAAUUCGAUCAAGCCCAAAGAAGCAUCUUUGGUCAGGGGGAGGGGCUUUGAUGACUUGGCUGGCUUCAGCAUUUGGCUGGUCGACUGUAUGGGAUACGUUGCUCCCUCCUGUCGCUCACAUGCCGGAUAUUACGAACAAGAUUCGUGACGCGGAGAAGGCUGAACAGGAUCGUCAGAAGGUAAAAUAA